AUGCAUCCUCCUCUCCAGGGUGCUCGUUCCAUUCGAGUGAUUCGUCUGGAACCAGCAUCAUCCCCCUCAUCUUGUCUUCGCUGCAGCCUUGUAGAGGUUUCGCUCGACGAUUUGCCGGAAUACUCCGCGCUCUCGUAUGCGUGGGAUGCACAAACACCUUCCUGCCCGAUCGAUUGUGGCGGCGGUGUCUUAUCCAUCACCCCCAACUGUGCGGCCGCUCUUCGGCGGCUCCGUCAUGAACAAGAAGAGCGCACACUGUGGAUCGAUAGCAUCUGCAUCGAUCAAACCUCGCUCGAGGAACGCAGCCACCAAGUCGCUCUCAUGGAUGAAAUUUACAGGCGCGCGAAGGAAGUCGUCGUCUGGCUGGGCGAAAGUGAUAGGCGCACUGAGAGAGCAAUGGAUUGCCUCUCGGAUAUUGGACAGCUCGGCAGCGAUACCGAUGUGCAGCGUCGGGAGCGGACUCUUCACCUUCUCUUUGGUCUUACUGUCAAGGACGCAUCAGAUGACCCUAUAGGCCCGUUGUUCCAGUGCUCGUGGUUCGGCCGCAUGUGGACCGUCCAGGAAGCGACUCUGGGAGAAGUGGAGAAUGUCACUAUACACUGCGGCGAUAAGACUCUUCCCUGGAUCUUCAUGGUCCUUUCUCUUGGUUAUUUGAAAUCUUCUCAGUACAAGUGGGGCCGGUGGGAUGAGGCCAUGCAACUCCAGCGAUAUCUCUCUUCUUUGCUUAUGAGCAGCAGACACCUUGAGCUCCGUGAGGUGCUCUCCGCGGAACCAAAUCAAUCCGCCCUAGUCAUCUUGGAGGCCCUGAUUUAUGCCAGGGAAAAGAGGUCUACUGACCCCAAGGACAAAAUAUUUGCUCUCUUUGGUGUCUUUAGGGAGCUAGGAGUGGAACUACCACUGCCAGAUUAUACCAAGUCUGUGGAGUUGGUCUAUGUGGAGGCCACUGUUACAAUCGUUGUUCAGGACUGCCAUCAUGGGUCCCAGACUGGAGUGAUGCUGGAUGGAAAUUUCCAGAUUCCAGGAGGGCUGCUUCUCAAGGACACUUUCAUGCUACAAAGUCAGCAGAACCAACAUGGGGCUUUUCAUUUAAUCACCAAUGCCUUCUGGUAUCUGGAGCUCUUGUAG